UUAAUCAUUAAAAUGACAUCGCUGCAUAGCAACUCACUCUGCUCAAGUAAAAUAAAAAAAUUUUUAAAAAAAAAUCUCCUGGUUCUUUUAAUAAUUUUUUCCGCUUUUACUGGAGUUCUUGUCGGUGUAUACAUCAACGGCCCGAUACAAAAGCUCAAACAACCAGAUCAAUACACAGCUUUGAUUAUAUUGGGAUUUCCGGGGGAGAUCCUAAUUCGAACUUUGAAGAUGAUAAUACUCCCCCUAAUAACAUGUAGUCUUAUAGUUGGUCUUUCAACCCUAGACAAUAGAGUGUCUGGAAAAAUUGGUGGAAGAGCAGUUGUCUACUAUUUAUCUACAACCGUCCUAGCAGCGUUAUUAGGAGUAGCUCUAGUUGCAGUUAUUAAACCGGGAAAAGGAAUGGCGCAUCCAGAAAUUAAAACACAGCAAGAUCUUGUUCGCCCGUUGGAUUCAUUUAUGGAUCUUAUUAGAAAUAUGUUUCCUUCAAAUAUUUUCAGAGCAUGUUUGGAACAAGAUAAAACUUUAAUUCAAAUUGGUUACGAAGUAACAAAACAAAACAUUACAUUUGACGCAACCAACUUGACCAAUAAAGAAAUAAACGAAAUGUUAUCCAAUAAUACUAUAUCCUUACAAAUAAACCAAAAUGGAAACUCAACUUAUACUAAAAAUAUCGUAAGAUCUUACAAAAUUGGAAAAGGUCUAGCGUCAAACCCUGCAACAAACUAUUUAGGUUUGAUUGUAUUUUCUAUCAUCGUCGGAAAAAUAGCUAACGGCUUAGGAAAAGAAGCAGAACCAUUCAUCAAAUUUAUUUGCGCAUUUAACGCAAUCAUUGCAAAAAUGGUUUCCGGAAUAAUGUGGAUUUCACCCAUUGGUAUUGGGUCGCUAAUUCUAGCAAAGUUUGCUGAAAUGUCGCAAGUAAACGAAACAUUUUCGAGUUUGGCUUUGUUUAUUGGUACCGUGCUUGCUGCUCUGUUGAUCCAUGGUAUCAUAGUUCUUCCUUUAAUAUACUUUGUUGUUUGUAAAAAAAAUCCGUACAGUUAUCUUAAAGGAAUGCUUAGUGCCAUGGCAACAGCUUUUGGAACAGCUUCCAGCGCAGCAACUUUACCGAUUACUUUCCGGUGUCUUGAAGACAACUUAAAUGUUGAUAAAAGAAUAACUCGUUUCAUCUUACCAAUUGGAACCACUAUAAACAUGGAUGGAACAGCUCUUUAUGAAGCAAUUAGUGCUAUUUUUAUUGCACAAUCUGUUGGUCGAACACUGACUUUUGGUGAAUAUGCUGCUAUAAGUUUUACGUCAGUUUUGGCUUCGAUAGGAGCAGCAGCUAUUCCACAUGCAGGACUCGUUACAAUGUUGAUUGUAUUGGAUACAGUCGGGCUUCCUUCCGACAUGAUAGCGCUAAUAUUUUCAGUUGAUUGGUUUCUAGAUCGAAUUCGAACAAUGAUUAACGUACUUGGUGACGCCUAUGGAGCUGGUAUUGUUGAACAUUUAUCUGAGCAAGAUUUAAAUGUUGAAUAUUCUGAAGAAAAAGAUAUUGGCAUAGACAAUGAAGUUGAUGGAACGAUGGUUUCGUCAUUUUAAGUUUCGAACUACUACAUAUUCUUCAGUAAUUUUUUGAAAAUUUAUUUAUUUUUGCUACAUAUUUAAACCAAAGAUGGCUUAUUUUUUCAAAAAUAUAUUUUAUAGUACAGCAUAACAUUAUGAUCAGACUUGAUGCCAGUUGUCAAUAUAAGGUAAUUUUACGACGCGUAAAAUUAUGGUUUGAAAAACUAAUUUGAAGAUUGCUUCAUGCUUAAAAGUCAUUUGCGUUAACACCGAAAAACCCGAUUAGCGCCUUUAAUUUUGUGAAUAGAGAAAAUAUGUCUUUAAAAAUAAACAUACAUUUAUUUAGUUAAUAGCAACAUGGUCAUUUUUUUAAA